AUGGGCGCAACUCGCCUGGAGAUAUAUGGAGACUCGAACCUAGUGGUCCAGCAGUCGAUGAACUUAUGCGACACGAUCAAUGACAACAUGAUAGCCUACCAUCAGCUAUACCAGAAUAUGGAACCCAAAUUUGAAGGGUGUGAACUUAAGCAUAUUGGCAGAGCCAGUAACGAGGAAGCCGGCGCCCUGGCAAACAUUGGCUCCACGUGUUCGUCUAUCCCAGACGGAGUAUUUUACGAAGUCAUCACCCAGCGGUCGAUAAAGGAGAAAGCAUCGGCAUCUCCAAAACCAUCGGAUGGCGGUUCAGGGGCUAGCUCGCAGCAGGAUGUUGAAGAACCUCCACCUCGACCUACAGAGCAGGUCCUCCUCCUCGAACCCUUGUGUACCAAACCCUUUUUAGCAUACCUGGUAAAUCAGCAGCUACCGGAGGAUCCAGUGGAAGCCAAUAGAAUUGUGAGGCGGUCAAAAGCCUUCACCGUGGUAAACGGAGAACUCUACAAGCGUAGUAUCUCUGGUAUCUUUCAAAGGUGCAUCGCCAUCGAUGACGGAAAGGCUCUGCUACGAGAAAUACAUGAAGGAACCUGUGGGCACCAUGCAGACAGCAGGGCCCUCGUGGAAAAAUCUUUCAGAGCAGGAUUCUAUUGGCCAACGGCAGCCUCGGACGCACAGGACCUGGUCAUGAAAUGCGACCCUUACAACGGAACCAAUUUUGACUCCAAAAAAUUCCAGAAGUUUUGCGACGAUGGUGGCAUCAAGCUAAAAUUUGCAUCGGUGGCACAUCCCCAGACAAACGGGCAGGUUGAAAGGAUCACUGGCCUCAUUGAAGAUGGCCUCAAGAAACGCCUUACGGGUGCAGCUGGAGCAUGGGUCAAAGAAUUACCAUCUGUGCUUUGGAGUUUGCGUACCACACCCAAUAGAUCAACCCAGUACACCCCGUUCUUCUUGGUGUACGGAGCCGAAGCAGUGUUGCCAGCCGAUGUCCGGUUCGAAGCCCCUCGGGUGACCACAUACACGGAAGCCACUUCCAAUAGCGCACUGCAGGAUGCUGUGGAUCUCCUCGAUGAAGCUCGGGAUAUUGCUUUGGCAAGAACGGCGGUGUAUCAGCAGGCGCUAUGA